AUGUUUGUAAAUAACAACUCAAGUUAUCUAAUUCUCAUUUACAUAGAGCGCCUUUUCUUCUUGUUCCUUCGAGCUCUAGAUCCAGAUCCAAUUUCAAGCUCCUCAUACACAACAUUUCCGAGUUUUCUAUUUCAGGUCUUGCCGGGUCAUUAUAACUGGACAACAAUGUCUAGAAGGCCAAAUACUGCUCGUCGCUUUGGAGACAAUGGGAGCCUCCCUUUUGUGGGUUCAUUACAUCCCAAAUCACGGCCAUCUCCUUUAUUUUCAAUAGGGCUUGUGGUUGUGGGAGCAUUGCUGAUAAUUGGAUACAUGUACCAUGGUUCAGGUGGAAGGAGUGGUGAUAUAACAGCUUUAAAUAGACUUGAUGACAGUGGCUCAUGUACAUUAGAAGUUCAGAAAAUUUUACCUAUAUUGAAGAAUACAUAUGGUGACAGCAUGAAAAAAGUGUUGCAUGUAGGCCCCGACACCUGCUCAGUGGUUUCUCAACUAUUAAAAGAAGAUACUGAAGCUUGGGGCAUUGAGCCAUAUGAGUUAGAUGAUGUCGAUGGCAGCUGCAAGAGUCUUGUUCUCAAAGCCAUUGUGCGUGUGGCCGAUAUCAAGUUUCCUCUUCCCUACAGGGCGAAGUCAUUCUCUCUUGUCAUUGUGUCAGAUGCUUUGGAUUACUUGUCACCCAAGUACUUAAACACGACUGUUCCAGAAUUAGCGAGGGUAGCUGCUGAUGGUUUAGUUUUAUUAUCAGGUCAGCCAGGCCAGCAGAGAGCUAAAGUGGCUGAGCUAUCAAAGUUCGGACGCCCUGCCAAACGGAGGAGCUCAACUUGGUGGAUAAGGUUUUUCAUUCAAACCGGCUUACAUGAAAAUGAACGUGCUACCAAGAAAUUCGAAACGGCUGCAGCCAAGAACUCGUAUGAGUCGACCUGCCAAGUUUUUCACCUCAAACCUUCACAUUGA